UGCGAAAUAUAACUCUAUAUGGCUUUACUGAUCUUUGGUCACGUGUAUUUGUUUAGUUCCGUUAGCAGUCUAGCGUUGGAGAACACGUAAUGUCCAAACAUGUCUAAGAAAGAUGACUCAAAAAAAGGUGUUGGGCCGGCAUACCCUAUGCAGCCAACAGCACCGUAUGCCGUAAUGCAAGGCCCCCAAUUACAUCCAUCGGGAGCGCCACCUACAUACAGCAUGAUGCAUCAAACCAUGCAACCACCUGGACACUAUCAAGAACAACCCAUGCAGCCUUAUAUAACAGGUGGUUCAGUUCCUCAAGCACCACAGGUCUAUCCCCAGCAGACACAGCCAUAUCCUAUGCAGAAUUAUCCAUACCCACCUCAGAUGCAUACCUAUGCCUAUGGGCCACCCCUUGGAACUAGCUACAUGCCUGCCCAGACACAGACAGUGUUUGUUCCAGGCUUGUUUGAUGCAGGAGCCAGAUUUGAUGCUGGUGCAUCUCCCUCUAUUCCACCGCCACCGGCCUGGAGUAGCUCCUAAUGCAGCACAGAUGGCAGCAAUGCAAGGCCAAACUGUAUUGGACCCAGCAAAAGAGCAGUUUUUUUAGAUGGUUCAGGUGGUAAAUCCACUCUGGUAAUUCUUGCUUGCCGUGG